AAGAUCCCAAGAAAGAUGGCGACAUCACAACUGUUCUAAGGAAAGGAUUUUACCGGGAAUGCCUCGUGAGGUGUAAAUGUGCAUACGACAGCCAUCUAUCGCAGUUGCAUCACUUCAACGUUUUUCAAGGCUUCGAUCACUUUCAGCAGUAGGGGCAUCAUACGGCAGGUUACCUCUAAAUAAAAUGACCAGGAAAACUUCUCAGAAUCGUCCCCCGAUUGAAAGGUCGAUUGAUCUUUUGACAGGAUGGCCAAAUCCGACAUUGUUACCUCCAAGAGAUCUUGACAAGGCGUCUAAUCAGAUCCUCUCCAACGCUAAUAACACGGAUGUCUUGGGCUACGGCCCCGAUGAAGGUUACCAGCCCUUGAGAGAAGAAAUUGCCAAGUGGCUGAACGAAUUCUACCAACCCAAAAAUGCAAUCUUGAGUGCGAGUAUAUGUAUCAGUGGAGGGGCCUCCCAGAACCUGGCAUGCGUACUGCAAACCUUUACCGACCCUGUUUAUACCCGCAACGUCUGGAUGGUGGCUCCGUCCUAUUACUUGGCGUGCAGAAUCUUUACGGACUCUGGUUUUGAUGCUCGGCUGAGGGCCGUCCCAGAAGACGAGGAAGGUAUCGACCUUGGAUACCUUGAACGUGGACUGCAGGAAAGCGAAAAACGAGCACAGGCCGAGAACAAUCAUGAACCAAAGAUAAAGGCACCAAAGCCAUGGAGAAAAAUAUACAAACACGUCAUAUAUGCCGUGCCAACGUUCUCGAAUCCAAGUGGCCGUAUCAUGAGCCUACACCACCGGCAUGCCCUGGUCAGACUUGCGAGGAAAUAUGAUGCUUUGAUAGUCACUGACGAUGUGUAUGAUAUGCUCCAGUGGCCGUCUGACCCUAGCCUCGGUCCUAGAAGAAUGGAUCGAGCAGUCCUGCCUCGCUUAGUCGACAUCGAUAAAGAGCUCGACGGAGGGCCGGUGGACGCUUUUGGGAACGCAGUGAGCAACGGAAGUUUCAGUAAAAUUGUUGCACCAGGAUGUCGAACCGGAUGGGCUGAAGGUACCGAAGCGAUGGCUUAUGGUAUCUCACAAACCGGAUCAAGUCGAUCGGGCGGUGCUCCCUCUCAACUUGUGGCUUCCUUCAUCUACCAGCUUCUUGCGAGUGGGACAUUACAGAACCACAUCUACGAAGAAUUGCAGCCUGCAUAUGGGAGACGAUAUCACCUCAUGAUGAGGGCGAUAGAGACCCACCUCCUACCACUUGGUCUCACAUUACCACAGGCGAACAAGGAUGUCGCAGGAGGAUAUUUCAUCUGGUUGACGCUUCCUGGAACCUUGGAUGCCAUAAAACUAACAAAACGAGCCCUCGCGGAGGAGAAUCUGACCAUCAUUGAUGGAGCCAGGUUUGAGGUGGAUGGUGAUAAGAAUGAAGCAACUCGCUUCACGAAAGAAAUCCGGCUUUGCUUUGCCUGGGAAGAUGUGGAUGUUCUGCAAGAAGGAGUGAUGCGGUUGGCGCGUGUGAUAAAAAGCGAAAUGACCGGGUCAGAUGAGGAGUGAUGAAAAGUAAUUCGGGUUCAAUGAAUGACCUGCUUCAAUCAAUAGGCACCACCAAUUUUAUGUAACAGAAAGCCCAAGCGAUCUCUUUCGAUGAGCGCCGGUUGGUGUGCACUGAUCAGCUCCAUCUCUCUAGAGCAGUUCAACUCUAC